AUGGCUGACGAGGAGGACAAGACAGUGGUGGAAAAGGGUCCGCCGCCUGGCCAGGAGCAUGCUGGUCGCUUUGAAAGGACAAACAAGCUGCUCGGAAAGGGCGCUUUCAAGUCUGUGUUCAUGGCAUACGACCUUGAAGAAGGUAUCGAGGUAGCUUGGAACCAGGUGAGGAUCAAGCAGUACUCGCCGGCCGAUCGCGAGAAGCUGUUUCUGGAAGUCAAGCUGCUCAAGGGCUUGCGUCACAAGAACAUCAUCAACUUUUACCACUCGUGGGUCGAUACCGAGAAGGACCAGGUUGUGUUCAUCACCGAAGUCAUGACCUCGGGCACGCUCAACGCCUUUGUCAAGAAGACGCAAAAGCCCAACCUCCGCGUCAUCAAGCGGUGGUCGCGGCAGAUCCUGCAGGGCCUCCUCUACCUUCACACACACCGCCCGCCCAUCAUCCACCGCGACCUCAAGUGCGACAACAUCUUCAUCAACGGCCACUCGGGCGAGGUUAAGCUCGGUGAUCUUGGUCUCGCCACCAUCAUGCGCAACUCGCACGCGGCAUCGGUCAUCGGCACACCCGAGUUUAUGGCACCGGAGAUGUUCAACGAAAAGUACACCGAAAAGGCCGACAUUUACGCCUUUGGUAUGGUCCUUCUCGAGAUCUAUACCCACCAGGUCCCGUACCACAACUAUCGCGUCGCCGAAAUCUGGCGCAAGGUCACUGAGGGCUGUCCGCCCGACGAGCUCGCCCAGGUCCGCGACCCGACUGUUCGCGAGUUCAUCCGCCUCUGCAUUUGCAAAGAGAAGGACCGCCUCUCGGCCGCAGAGCUGAUGCAGCACCCGUUCCUCGCUGUUUCGGAGCGUGCAAAGAUCGACCGCCUCGAGUAUGCGCCGUCUGUUGCUGUCUGGCCGCAGAUCAUGCCCGAGGGCUGGAAGCCCGAGUAUGUGCCGCAGCCCGGCUCGCCCGUUGAAAAGCCUGAGCCGUCACCGGCCACCACACUGGCGCCAGCAGAGCCGCCGCCGCCGUACGCCUCGGCUGACGAGGAUGCCGCUGCCGCUGCUACCGCUGCUGUCGCCGCGUCCGCCGCUGCCGCUGCUUUUGCCGCCGCCGCCGCUCCCGCACUCGUUGCCGGGCCCGCCGCUGGGGUGGGCAUCGGCGCCCCAGGCACGCCGCGCCCUGCCGAGCCGCAGCCGUCCGAGCCGCCUGCUCCGCGCGGCACUGACCCUGGCUCUGAUGCUCCGCCCCCUCUUGAUCCGGCACCCGAGCUGGUAGGCGACGUCGCCCACACCCACACCGCCGACUCACAGAUGCAAGUCGAUGCUCUGGUUCAGGCGCAAGCUCGGGCCCAGGCGCAAGCUCAGGCACAAGCGCAGGCUCAGGCGCAGGCUCAGGCGCAAGCAGAGGCUCAGGCGCAAGCACAGGCUCAGGCGCAAGCUCAGGCUCAGGCUCAGGCUCAGGCUCAGGCUCAGGCUCAGGCUCAGGCGCAGGCGCAGGCUCAGGCGUUGGCGCAGGCUCAGGCGCAAGCUCUUGCUAUUGCACAGGCGCAAGCAGAUGCGCUCGCGCAGCAAAAGGCGCAGGCACAGGCGCAGGCACAGGCGCAGGCUCUGGCGCAGCAGCAAGCGCAAGUCCAAGCCCAAGUGCUGGCGCAGGCGCAGGCGCAGGCCUACGCCGCUGAACAGGCACAGGCACAAGCAUACGCCGCCGAACAAGCUCGCAUCCAGGCCGACCUGCAGGCCCAAGCAUACGCCGCCGAGCAGGCCCGCCUGCAGGCCGCCACCACCGACGCUGGCCAGGCUCGCCAAUUGGCGGCCGAAGCCUAUGCCGCCCAGUAUGCGCUCACCGCGGCCCAGCUCCAGGCCCAGGCUGCACAGGCCGCGCAAGCUGACGCCUACGUCUAUGCCCAGCAGCAAGCGCAGGCGCAGGCGCAGGCGCAGGCGCAGGCGCAGGCACAGGCGCAGGCACAGGCGCAGGCCAACCAUCCACCGUCAACGUCUACGCCGCCGCUGCCGGUUGUUUCGCCGCGGGUCCUCCCUCUUGUUGACAUCAUCGCCGUCUCGGAGCAAGGCGUCCUCACUCUGCGCACUACUUUUAUGUCGGCCGCUGGCAGCGAGACCACCGUCAAGUUCCACUUUGACCCCAAGGUUGACUCGGGUGAGACCAUUGUGGCCGAGCUCCACACCGAAAUCCCCAUGCGGCCCGAGGACCUUGGUGUCCUGGUCAAGCGCAUUCACUCGGUCGCUCGCCCGCCAUGA